CUCUGAAAUCACCAAAAACUCAGGUUUUUGUGUGAACCGUUGCAAUGGGGUCCAGAGGGGCUGUUUUGGUAGGGUUUGUGCUUCUCCUGGCAGGUGGACAUUUGGGCUCCGCUGCACAGAACCGGGUCGUCUUUGGCACCAAUGAAACUCUCCACGAAACGAAACCAGAAGCAGAGGUCAAGGGCUCGCAGCAGGCAAACCAGACGGAGCAAAAGCCUCGCUCUCCUGUCACCUACCGGCUCAAGACCUACCAGCUCCAAAGCCCAGUCCACCCAGACAAACAAAAGCUGCUUGUUGAGGAAAAAACUUUUCAGGUGACGAACGCCUUGGAGCCCACCUCAGAGCUGCUGGAGCAGAAGAAGACAGUCAAAAGUGAGAAGGCCUUGUUGGUCCGCAGUUCUAAUCUGAACCUGCCCACAUCUGAACCUGCCAACAAGGAACCAAAGGUGGAGCAGCAGCUUCCUGCGCCGGCUCGGAGCGUGUCGGUGGAAUGCGGCGAAGGAAAGGCCUUUGUGGAGGUCAAACAGGACUUCCUGGGUAAUGGCCAGUUGAUCCGGCCCAGUGAUCUGACAUUGGGAGGCUGCUCGGCAAUGGGCACGGUGGACGGAGUCCUGCUGUUCCAGACGGAGCUGCACGGCUGCGGCAGCACCACAACGAUGACAGAAACGUCCAUAAUCUACACAUUCACUCUGACGUACUCCCCAACACCCAUCACCAACACCUCCAUCCUGAAGACCAACCCUGCCGAGGCGACAGUCCAGUGUCACUUUUACAGAAGGUCUUACGCGAGCAGCAACGCCGUGAGGCCCACGUGGACGACUGUCGCAAUGGAAAUGCAGGCGAAGCAGCAGUUUCGCUUCUCCCAGCGUCUCAUGACAGAGGACUGGCUUUCGCCCAGACCUUCCAAUGUUUACUUCCUGAGCGACACCAUCCACAUCGAGGUGGCUGUCCUCCGGGGUUUCCACAUCCCUCUGAGGGCGUUUGUGGACAGCUGUGUGGCAACUAUGAACUCUGAUCCCGGCUCAGCGCUCAGAUACGCCUUCAUCACCAACCAUGGGUGUUUAACUGACUCUAAGCUGACGGGAGCCAAGUCUUUCUUCUUGUCGAGAAGCCAGGAGGAUAAACUUAAUUUCCAGCUGAAAGCCUUUAAGUUCCCACAACAGGACAAGAACUCUGUCCAUAUAACUUGCCAUCUGAAAGCAACAGCACUUGGUGGUCCCAUUGACACUCAACACAAAGCCUGUUCAUAUUUAACCGAGGCCGGAAGAUGGGUGGCGUCAGGCGGAGACAACAACGUGUGUAGCUGCUGUGAGACCAGCUGUGAAGGGCCGAGACAAAAGCGAAGCCUCGCAGCUGAUGCAGCUCUGAAUUGGGAGGGGACGGCAGCUUUGAGCCCCAUCCUGAUGGAAGACGUCAUUCGGCAAGAAGAGUUUCCUCCUAAACAGUUUCCUCAGCUGCAGACAUGAGAAGAUACCCAAGACAGUACCUAGUCUUCGUCUAGUGCCCUAUCUUUGCGUAAAGCAGGUGCAGCGCUGGCUGCGGUGUUGGUUUUCAUGAGCGCUGUAAUCUACAGCGGACUCCGCAAACCUACUGGGCGUUCUGUUUGUACCUGAUU